CCGCACACGCACGCAGAGCCCGGGGGCAGCGGGCAGGGGGCGGGCAGCGAUCGGGCGCCCCCCGACGAGGGCCGGGGACGGGGCUCCGGUGGCGGCGCCACCCCCGGGCCGCGCCCGCCGCCGGGCGAUGGUGGCGGCGGCGGCAGCAACUUCCCGCUGAGGGGCCGGCGGAGGAGCGGAAAUUUGGGGGGGGGGAGGGAAGGGGGAAGGAAGGGGGAAGGCAAAAAAAAAACACGCACACACACACACACACACACAAAAAAAAAAGAACCGAGAGAACUUCCCCCUACGCCGCGCUGCGCCGCGCUCCGGCUGAAAGAUGUCUGAGGCCGCUGCCCAGUGUUUCAUCAAGCAGGAAAGAAUUUCCUACACACCUCCAGCGAGCCCGGUACCAAAUCACACCACCUCGACACCACUACAUGUCCCAGUGCCUCGAGCGAUCAGGAUGGAGGAAGACACGAUCAGACUGCCAGCACACCUGCGUUUGCAGCCCGUUUACUGGAGCAGGGAUGAUGUGGCACAGUGGCUCAGAUGGGCAGAGAAGGAGUUUUCCUUGAGGCCGAUUGAGAGCAACACUUUUGAGAUGAAUGGCAAGGCUCUGCUGCUCCUGACCAAAGAGGACUUUCGAUACAGGUCUCCUCAUUCAGGCGAUGUUCUGUAUGAACUCCUUCAGAAUAUCCUGAAGCAAAGGAAAACUCGUAUGCUGUUCUCACCUUUUUUCCACCCUGGGAACUCAAUCCAUGCUCAGCCAGAGGUCCUAUUACACCAGAACCAUGAUGAAGAUAACUUUGUCCAGAGACCUUCAAGACCAUCCACAGAAACAGUCCACCACAGUACCCCAACCAUUGAACUGUUGCAUCGUUCUAGAUCACCCAUCACCAACAACCACCGUCCAUCACCAGACCCCGAUCAGUGGCCACUGAAGUCCCCUAUGGACAACACUAUCCGUCACCUCUCCCCAGCUGACAGAAUGCCAGGGUCAAGGCAUCAGCAAGAGAACAACCACCAGGAGUCCUAUCCUCUCUCAGUGUCCCCAGUAGAAAACAACCACUGCCCGCCUCCUCCUGAGGUGCUCCAGAAGCCUUCCAGCCCUCGCCAGGAGAACACCAGGGUCAUCCAGCUGAUGCCCAGCCCUAUCAUGCAUCCUUUGAUACUGAACCCCAGGCACUCCGAUUUCAAACCUCCAAGGUUGUCUGAGGAUGGGCUGCACAGGGAGGUAAAGCCAAUCAACUUGUCCCACCGAGAAGAGUUAGCUUACAUGAACCACAUCAUGGUGUCUGUAUCCCCUCCUGAGGACCAUGCAAUGCCAAUAGGAAGAAUAGCGGACUGUAGGUUGCUUUGGGAUUAUGUUUAUCAGCUGCUUUCUGACAGCCGGUACGAAAAUUUCAUCCGAUGGGAAGAUAAAGAAUCCAAAAUAUUUCGGAUAGUGGAUCCCAACGGGCUGGCCCGGCUGUGGGGAAACCACAAGAACAGAACAAAUAUGACUUACGAGAAAAUGUCCAGAGCCCUACGCCACUACUACAAACUAAAUAUUAUCCGGAAGGAGCCAGGACAAAGGCUUUUGUUCAGGUUCAUGAAGACCCCAGAUGAGAUUAUGAGUGGCAGAACAGACCGCCUCGAGCACCUUGAGUCCCAGGAACUGGAUGAACAAUCAUUCCAAGAAGAUGAGUGCUGAAGGGAACUGGUGCACCGCCUCUGUGUGUCCAUGGGAGAAACAUCUGCCUGGAUGGCUGGCACAAUUUGGGAGGGGAAGCAACAACACAGAAGCAGUACUUGCGGUCUCCACUUAGCUUGAAGACCAUGCAGGACCUGAAGCACCUUAACAAAACAAACUAACAGGCAGAAGUGGUGCUGGCAGAAAAGUGAAGGGGAGAAAGCCUGGACUUACGCACUACUUCACUGUUCCUACAGAGUCUCCCUUGAGUUCUUUCUGUCUUUUUGGUUUCAUUUUUUUUGUUUGUUGUUUUUCUUUUUUUUUGUUUGUUUGAUUUAUUUUUUUCCCCUAAUAAACAUGCAGUUUGAUUUUCCUUAUCUCACAUAGGACAAGACAUCAGAUUACGCUUUUUUUGGGGGGAAGGCUCUCCUAUGGAAAUAGAGCGCUCUUAUUUUCUGUGCAAGUCUCAUGAUGUAACACUGCAUAAUACAAUAGCAACACAGGAGGGAUUUGCUCAAGGGUUCCAGUUUGCUUGGAUCAAUGCAUAUGUGCUGCGACUGGGAAAUGUGUUGAAGCUACCAAAAGAAUUUACCACACAUGUCUGUCAAAUGAAGAGGAAUCACCCUUCAUGUAUUGGCUGGGAUAGCAUCCCAGCAUAGUUUGGGCUCAUGAGUCCUGCAAGUGGCUAUUUACUGCUGGCAUAUGGACCAAAACCAAUCACCUAAGUGCUCCAGGGAGGAGAAAAAUAAAUGUGACAAACCUCUGCAAUAGACUGAUGUUGACAUUGUCCCUCCUUCUAGCAAAGAAGUGAUAGAAUGGCGUGGGGGGAGAGGGGCAGGGACUAAUAUAAAUAUAUAUGUAUAUAGAGAGAAACGUUUCAUAUAUAUAUAUAUGUUUAUACGUAAACGCCACAAUAUAUGCACAAAGCAGAAAUUCAGCUCAAAGCCUUUGAUAAAAAAGUAAAGGCUGAAACAUCAGAGAUUACAAAAGGGACGUUUUUUUCUUAUACCUGCUAGCAAUUUUGGGGUGAAAGGUGAAGGACUGUUCCUUACAUCUUAAGGACAAUGCAAAGGGAUCCAUCAUACAUGUAUGGUUUGUACUAUUCAGAAACUACUCCAGGAUCACUUUGUGCCACUGGAGAGGUAGAUUAUUCACCAAUCUAAAAACUGGUGGUAGAGAACUAGAGACCAAAUAGCUGUACUGAUGCCUUGGAAUUGAUUUUGGCUUUGUUUGUUUAUGCCUCUCACAACUCUUCCCCACCCCACAGCUUUGCCAUCCAGGAAUCUUGUCUCAGCUUGCCUGUUUUUAACGUGAUUUAAAAGACCAGAAAAAAAAAAAAAAAACACAAACAAACAAACAAACAAAAACACUAGAUAAAUGUUUCUUUCUUGGGUUUUGUUUUUGUUCUUUGCAAGGUACCCGGUUUUUUACACCUCUGAUUUGUUUUGCAUCAUGAGGGUGCUUUCCAUGAGGCAAAAAGCCACUCCUAAUUUGGUUGCCAGAAGCUCAGCAGCCUUUAAUGUCUGAUACUAGAGAAACUACUGGCCUUUUUCAUUUCACAUUGCUCUGUCCAUCAUGUCAGGGAAGUCUGGUGUCCAGGUAUCCAGCCAUCCACCAGCACUGGGCCUUUUAGUGGGAAGAAUACCUAGCAGCAGAAAUGAUACUUGCAAAGGGAGAAGAUACACAAAGAAACUGCAGGAAUCACAUGACGUUUGGAAGAAAUCAAGUCCACACCAGUUCAUUAAAAACAGAGAACCUCUUUAUGGGAACAUGAAUACUAGAAAAGGGAAAAAAAAAAAAAAAAAAAAAAAGUGGGUUAAUCUAAUCCAUUCCUACCAAAAAAAGCAAGGUACAUUUCCAUGAUUUCCAUGAUAGCACUUCUAUCAGCUAUUCUACUAACAUGACUUUUGAUCUUACCCUAUACUUAACAAGAAGGUUAAUCUAUCCAGAAAAAAAAAAAAAAAAAAAAGAAAGAAAAAAAAAGAAAAAAUAGUACUUGGCAAUGAAUAGUGGCCUGUAUGUUUAAAUAGAAAUAGUCCAAGCUCACAAAAGACUUUAUUGAGUUGCAACUUUAGAAGGAAAAGGUUUGUUAAGGGCAAAGAUAGGCAUCAUACAAUGAGG